AUGUCGGCACGUCGUCGCUGUCACUGGAUCGUGAGUUGUGCAGCUCGGCGCGUAUGGCCACCGGCAGCAGGGGCCCGAGGGCGAUCGGGACGUGUCUUCUUGUCGAUCUGGUCUGGACGCGUCGGCGUGCUGUGGGAUGCGGUAUCGUGGUCUGAGGUUGUGGAUGUACGAAGUGUUGCUGCCUCGCCUAAGAUCACGUGCGGUGGUACCUGUGACUUCAGUGACAGCGAACAAGCUAGCCGAUUGACUACACCCAACGACAUCGGUCGCGUCCACCAGAUUGCUGCCAGAAGUGACAGCGCCGUGGGGGCACGACAGAAAACAGCAGGAGCAUCGUUUCCCCAGUGCUGGCCUCCGGAGCAGCAUCCGACAGUGGAGAAUCUAUCUGAGAUGGACUGGCCGGUCUAG